AUGGCAGACCGCGUCAAAACAGUCGCACAAUCCGAGAUCCAGCGCAUCUCCUCUCUCACUUUCCGCGCCCUCAAAUCAGGCGCAUAUCUUUAUCCGUUCCAGGGAAUAAUCUACCUCCUCUCCCAUCGCACUCUAUGGGCACCCCUCCGAUCCCGCCUCAUGCCCACUCUCGCCUUGGGCGUAGGCGUAACAACAGCCAUGUUCCUGCUGACUUACAUCCCACAAAUGACUCUACUGGCAUUCACAUCUGGCCCGCUUGUGGCGCCGGUAUCAGCUGCUUUACUGGUCAUUAAUGAAGCGUCUGCGAUAACCAGCUUUUUGGCGUCACGGAACAUGUUUUUCGGGCUUGGACAACGACAAUCAUCAUCGACGUCGUCAGUGACGCUAGACGCAUUCGAUGCCACACUCAUCCUAAAAGGGCACGAAACCCUCGUCUCUGGUGGUCGUGAACUCCGGCCCGCACGAGGAGGUAACAUCCUCGCACGCCUAGGCGGAUUUGUUGGAAUGAGUAAACGCACCUCCUUCACCUCAAACAACUCAACAAUCGACAACCUCAUCCGCUCUUUGUUGUAUCUACCACUAAAUUUCAUCCCCAUCAUCGGCACAAUAGCCUUCUUCGCACUCAAGGGUAAAAGAAUAGGCCACAAUGCGCUAAACCGAUAUUUCGAGCUCAAGGGGUUCUCGGCGCGGGAAAGGGAGGAGUGGCUGCAGAGGCAUGAGGGGGAGUGCGUCAGUUUUGGGGUUGUGGCGUCAGUGCUGGAAAUGGUGCCGUUUGCGUCAUUGGGAUUUAUGUGUACGAAUACGGUGGGUGCUGCGUUGUGGGCUUCAAGGGUUGAGACAUCAAGUAAGUCGGAUACAGCGCCGGGAUUGAGGGAGGACAGUAAGAAGGCUGCAUAG